ACAUUUUAUUUCCGUAGUUUCACGAGUUUCUCUUUCGUGAUAGGUGUCUUUUUGAGGGCAGUUCGAUAUCUCAAGAAUCGUACGAUUACACUUAUCAGUGAUUACAGUAAUUUAAUCUUUUAGAUUUAAUUAUAAUUCACUUGCAGUGAUAAAGCUUGUGAGUGUGUCGACCUAAUUCGUGUUAAGUUAUAGGAUACAUCGUUUGGUGUGUUGUAAAAUAGUUGUGUUUUUAGUUUCGUGGCGAUUAUAUUUAGUGAAUAAUGAACUUAUCGUUCGCUGGUUGUGGUUUCCUUGGUAUUUACCAUGUUGGUGUUGCAGUGUGUUUUAAAAAGUAUGCGCCCCAUUUGUUGUUAGGCAAAAUAUCUGGCGCCUCUUUUGGCGCACUAUCAGCUUGCUGCCUGCUGUGUGACCUGCCCAUAGGUGAAAUCACAACAGAUGUCUUGAGGGUAGUAAGCGAGGCGAGGGCAGGCUCCCUCGGGCCCUUCAGCCCGUCCUUCAACAUACAAAAUGUCCUCCUCGAGGGCAUGCAGAAGUAUCUGCCCCAUGAUGUUCACAAGAUCGUCAGUGGCAAGCUCCACAUCUCUCUGACGAGAGUCUACGACGGGAAGAACGUUAUUGUCUCUGAGUUCCCCACGAGGGAGGAUUUAUUACAGGCGCUGCUAGCGUCAUGUUUCGUGCCAGUAUUCUCCGGGUUGCUGCCCCCAAGGUUCCAUGGCAUAAGGUACAUGGACGGUGGCUUCAGCGACAACCUACCUGUAUUAGAUGAGAACACCAUCACUGUUAGUCCAUUUUGUGGCGAAAGCGACAUUUGUCCCAGGGAUUUGAGCUCACAGUUGUUCCAUGUAAAUCUGGCAAACACAAGCAUAGAAUUAUCAAAACAGAACAUGAACAGAUUCGCGCGCAUCCUCUUCCCGCCAAAACCAGAGGUUCUAAGCAAUAUGUGCAAACAAGGCUUUGACGACGCUCUCCGAUUCUUGCAUAGAAACAACAUGAUAUCUUGUACAAGGUGUCUCGCAGUUCAGUCGACCUUCCAAUUGCAAGAUGUGUUAGAUGAUACCACGUAUGAAUAUGAUCCAGAUUGUGAAGAAUGCAAGACUCACAGACAGGACGCGUUAGUAGACGACCUACCGGACACCGUGAUGACGAUAUUCCAGAACGCAAUAGACUCGGCGAACAGCGGCAUUGUCAACUGGGUGAUGAGGCAACGAGCGAUGAGGUAUCUUACACUCCUCACGCUACCCUACAGAGUGCCUAUCGACAUCAUGUAUGCUUCAUUUACCAAAUUCGUAACAUGUACCCCGAAAAUGAGCAAGUCCCUUUGGAAGCUAAGCCUCAACAUGCUACAACAGUUACACGGGUUCAUGUAUACCGCUCACGAUCGUUCAGAAGCAGCCGCCAGGAUAUACUACAAACUGACCAUGGAUAACAAGAUGGAUGCUACUGAUGGCAGGCAGUUGGAUAGGAGGCGUGCAAGCGAGUUCCGCAUCACAUACGGAGACAUGCGAACGACACACGAUGAUGUGGACACGUUCGAGCACAUUCUGAACGUGACGUCACAUAAUGAAGCACUGCUCGCUUAUUACUACCUCGAUGGCGAAAAUAAGAUGAAAAUGACGGAGAUAUACGACGUGACGGACGCAGACACGGACGCGGUACAGUCGCCCAUGGAGCGCGACGUCAACAAACAGCUCGAGUUCGACAACGAUUGGAGCGCUGAAUUCAUUGCUGACAACGACGACCUAGACAUGGAAGCAAUGGACGACGACGCUCUAGCCGACAGGAACAUAUUUUCUGACCCGGAAAGCGAAUGGAACAUGCGACGGUCGAUAUCCGCGUCCGACAGCGACGGCGACCAACCCGAGUCUGACCGGAGAGUGUUAGAACAUAUAGACUGCGAGAGGCUGGCCAAAACGGUGAACAAGCGAUGUGUGAUACUGACGAACUUCAUGCUGAGCAACUUAGUGGAGGCGACGGCGCAGUUACUCUCUAACACCACACUGUUGACGAGCUUACUGUUAGAAGGACUCCCCUUGAGGAUACCGUAUUUAAAUCCUUUGUGCGAGGCUUUAUUAGCGAACAGUUCUCUACAACACUUACACUUGCCACGAUGUCUGAUCGGGGACGCGGGUUGCUUGGCCAUCUGCAAGUCUAUCAGAUGUCUGCCCAAUAUCCUGACACUGGACCUGUCAGGGUGCGAGCUGACGCCGGUAGGAGCUGGGUACAUCGCUGAAUUGGUCAAGUACCAGAAGAUACACAGAUACAGCGAGAACUGGACACAUACACUUCGGUACCGACUGCCUGAGCUAGACGCGAUGGCCGGACUGCGCCGCAUCACGCUAUGUGCCAACCCACAGUUAGGGGACGCUGGAGUCGCCAAGCUUCUCGAUGUGCUCUCUGAUGAUUUGUGGAUCAAAGCCCUGGACAUCCAGAAUUGUGGUAUAACGGAGGACACAUCGAUGAUGAUCCAUCAGAUGAUGCUAUCGAACAAGACUCUCGUAAUACUAGACAUAAGGAACAACAUUGAUAUAACCAGCGAGUCGCUGUCCAAAGUGCGGUCCGCGCUCAGAGACAAUGAAAGAGGAAUGGAAGGAAAGUUUUCAUGGCUGGCUAGCGUUAGCGGGACUUCGAGUGAGAGACUGAGAUCAAUUCCAUCCAAAAAUGGAAUAACAAGAGAUCGCGCAGUAUCUAAUGUAAGAAGCACGCCCACGAAAUAUGUUAGCAAAACUAGUGCAGUGAAGAAAGACAAAGACUACGCAGAAUUAUUAGAGGAACAGCUACAAGAGGAGAUCUCGCACAGACAGCAACUUGAAGAGCUGAAUCUACAGUUGGUCGAUCAGAUGAAGCAGUUGAAACAGCAGCAGAUACGACUGUGGGCCAAUUGUACUGCUUCUUCAGGUUCAGAACACUCGUUCGAGGCUAGUGCGAGAUCGGGCGAUUUGUCCAGUAGUUCUGGGUCGUCGAGUUCUGUGCCCAUCGACCAGACAACGCUCUCCUACAUACAGCAGGCCUUCAAGGACAUAUACGCUUUCAUCAAAAACAACCAAUGUUACGGCCAAUGUGUUCACGAGGUAUCGAAAGAAACUCCACCAGAACCACAGCCGAUUGAAGAAGUGGCAGAAGUAGAAGAAUCUCAAUACAAUGGAGAGUUACGCGUCAACAUGGUGCCGAAGAGGGCGCAGAGCUCACACCAAAAGAUCAAAGAUAAAAUGAAGGUCAACAAGACCACUAAAUCCGCGCAUCUUUUGGGAGACUCGCAGAGAAGAGAAGGCGUCGAAAUGAAGCCAGAGAUGAUUGAAAGACAAAUGGGUGACUCGAGAAAUGCGCACUGCGAGGAAACAAAUAUAUUGGAGGAUAUGAUAUCGGUGCAAGCGAAGCCUAACAAAAAAAACUUCGGGCAGAGUAGCCCCUGCAGUAGUGUAGUGAGCGACUCGGACACGCUGAUCUGUUCGCCGCAGAUGACGCAACGUUCCAUACAACCGGCGAUCGUCAUCAACCCACGGGAGGCACUCUAUUCGUCCUCGGACGAGGACAGCUCGUGACGACGUUUUUUAUAUAUUUAUCAAUUUAUGAAUAUCAUGUUUUAUGUACCUACGAUUAAAAAAUUGGUUGGUUUA